GCUAAGACUAAGCCAGAGAACCGAGACCAGAGCCAUAGUCAGUCUGAGGAAGACGCUGGCAGACACCCGCAGAGAGAGUGUGUGAUGUCUCUGGAUAUCUCUGAGUAUGAGCUGCAGAUGCUGGAGCAGCAGGCCAGACACGAGCAGCUGGAGGAAGAGUGCAUCUUAGCUUUCCAGACUCAGCAGGCAUCUGCCCACAAGGACUCUAAUGACAUGGAGAGUGAUGAAGAUUUUGAUGAUGAAAUGAUGAAGUGUGCUGCUGACAUAGAAAGGUUAAAUGAUAAACAUGGUCAUGAGAAACAGGAGCUUGUCCCACGGUCUGGUGCUGAAGAUGAUGAUGAGGAUGUUGAGGAAGAUGAGGAAGAGGGGUUUGAUUCAAGCAUCCCACAACCUGUUCCUGAACAAAUUAAACAUCUAAAAAUGUUCUUUGGACAUCACAGCUUUAAACCGGUUCAGUGGAAAGUGAUUCACUCUGUUCUCACGGAGAGGAGAGAUAAUCUUGUUGUCAUGGCAACUGGUUAUGGGAAGAGUUUGUGUUUCCAGUUUCCUCCAGUGUACUGCCAGAACGUCAGUGUGGUCAUCUCUCCUCUCAUCGCUCUCAUGGAGGACCAGGUGCUUCACCUACAAAUGUCAAACAUUUCUGCUUGUUUUCUUGGAUCUGCUCAGACUAAGAACCUGUAUGAGGAAGUGAAGAGGGGUCAUUUUAGGGUGGUGUACAUGACACCUGAAUUCUGCUCUGGGAAUAUUCCUCUCCUAGCGCAGCUCGACAGGACUGUUGGUUUAUCACUGGUUGCGGUAGACGAGGCUCAUUGCAUCUCUCAAUGGGGUCAUGAUUUCAGAAGUGCGUAUCGUGACCUGUGGAAACUCAAGAAAAAUCUCCCUGGUGUUCCUAUUUUGGCGCUCACGGCUACUGCGAGUCCGUCUAUCCGCGAGGACAUCGUUAAGAGCCUUCAUCUGAUCAAUCCUCUGAUCACCUGCACCUCGUUCGACCGACCAAACCUCUACCUGGAUGUCAACCGCAAGUCUGGUGACGUUAUCCAAGACCUCAAACAAUUUCUCAUAAAAAAAAAAGGGGGUGGUUUUGAGUUUGAAGGCUCAGCCAUUGUGUACUGCCCAUCAAAGAAAGAGGCGGAGCGUGUGACAGCGGCGCUGUGUAAGCUGGACAUCCUGUGUGGAGUUUAUCACGCGGGUCUGAGCAUCAAACGGAGGAGAGAAACCCAGCAUCAGUUCAUGAGGGAUGAGAUUCAGUGUGUGGUGGCCACUGUGGCAUUUGGGAUGGGCAUUAAUAAAUCUGAUAUCAGGAAGGUCAUCCAUUACGGAGCUCCAAAAGAGAUGGAGUCUUAUUAUCAGGAGAUCGGAAGGGCCGGUAGAGACGGGAUGCCCAGCGCCUGUCACGUCUUAUGGGUGCCCGGAGAUAUGGCCCUGAAUAGAUUCAUUCUCAACCAAUCGAAAAGUGAGCGCUUUAGAGAUUACAAAAUGGACAUGAUGGCAAAAAUGGAAAAGUAUUUGAAUUCAACCAAAUGCAGGCGAAAGUUGAUUUUGUGUCAUUUUGAAGACAAGCGUCUGAGGAAAGUGACGUCUGGAAUUAUGGGUAGCAGUGAUUGUUGUGAUAACUGCAGUGUAAACCGAGAGGAUCCAGAGGUGGUCCUGCAGGACUUUGGCUCGUGUGCGUAUCAGCUGAUGAAGGCCAUCAGGGCUAUGGAUGAGAGGUUCGGCAUCACAGCGCCCAUCCUCUUCCUGCGGGGCUCAACCUCUCAGCGGGUUCCAGAUCACUUUCGGACACACUCUCUCUUUGGUAUCGGCAGGGAAACCUCAGAAACUUGGUGGAAAGCUCUCAGCCGAGAACUUGUUGCUGAAAAAUAUCUGAUGGAGACCACGGGCCACAGCAAAUUCUCCACCCUCUGUAAACUCACACCCAAGGGCAGAUCAUGGCUGAGUACAGCUGAAGAUGAGAGGCACAGACGACUCCUGCUUCAGCCCAACAGAGAUCUGUUCAGCAGAGUGUGUGUACCUCGGAAAAAAGCAGAUCCAGCACAUGUUGAGUCUACUGCUUCUAACCUGAAGUCAGAUUGCACUCGGCCCUCUCUUGUUUCAUUUCAGAGGGCAAAGGUCAGUUCUGGAGUUUGCACCCAUCAGAUUGUGAAGAAAGCAGAUUUACCAUCCAGAUCAGCUGUUAGGCCAACCCAGAUUCACAAUAAUUUCAGAGCCCAGACUCCAGCGGUCUCAGCUAGAGAGAUCCAGCUACAGUCUGAGCUGUAUGGUAAGCUGGUUUCUGAGCGUCAGAAGUUAGCUGGUCUCAGAGACAUCCCACCAGCUCUACUGGCCACCAAUAAAAUACUCCUGGAUAUGGCAAAAUCAAGGCCGUGCUCAAUAUCCAGCUUGAAACAAGUGGAUGGUGUUUCAGAAGCCAAAGCAGCCAUGUUAACACCUCUGAUUGAAGUCAUCCUCACAUUCUGUCAGACACACGGAUUACAGGUGGAUGAUUCAUCCAGCUCUACUCCACCUGUCCAAAAACAAUCUAGCCAUGAGUACAGUUCUGUGGGUCAGUUUCUACCGGACAGUGUCUCUGUCACACACAGACUGUUUCAGAUGGAGUACAAGAGCAUGAGACAGGUAGCAGAUGCUCGCAGUCUGCCCAUGGCAGCGGUGGAGUCUCAUCUGUUGCAGGCACAGAAGAUGGGCUGUGCUGUGGACACGGACAGAGCUGGACUCUCAGCCUCCAUCUAUAACACCAUCAGAAAAAGCAUCGCCUCUCCUCCACUCAGCUCAGACCUGAGUGAUUUUAAAGCGAUCCGGUCUUGUGUGCCUGAAGAUGUCAGUACCUUCCUGCUAAGGCUGGCGCUUUAUGAACUCCAGAGAGAAGCUUCAUCCACAGCACAUCAUGAGAUCUCCUGGAUCGAGCCGCUGGAUAAAUCAGCGACUGCAGACAGACCUGCUGUUAAAUGUGUGAUUGGAGAGUCACAGCGUGAGGCAGACACCAUGGACACAAGUGAAGAUGAGCUCUUCAUCAGUAUUCCCAUGCCACAGGAUUCCUGUCUGAAGUCAUGUGACUCCGUUGCUCAGAGCAGUGGAAUGGAUCUGACCUCCUGGAACCAGGAUAAACUGGAUAAAGACACGCAAGAUCUCUUCAGCGAUUCACCUGUGAAGAUUGAAAGUCAGCCUACAAAGAGAAAACUGCCUGAUUGGGCUGAAGGACCAAGCACUUCAGCACCUGCUACGACUGAGAAGAAAACCAAAAAGAAGAAAGGGCUUUUCAUUUGAUACUUAUUAGGCUGUGAGGUGUACAUUUUGAUAUUUUGUACAAGAUUUAAAAUAAUUCAUUUUUGUUGAUGGUCCUGAAUACAGAUAUGACCUAAUUCUACGAGAAUGUCUUGUUAUUUUUCUGUAUUUGUUCUCCAAGCUUGAACUCCUCUAGGUAUUUUUCAGAUUUCUUACGGCUCACACACUAGUUAGGGAAUCUUUCUUGAUCUGCGUACAUCAUGUUUCUGCUUCCGUGAGUGUCCUGGAGCUGUACGCUACUGACCUCCACCUGUCGUAAUGGAAACCUCCCAGAAUCCCGUGCAACUCCCAGACCUCAAAAGUAGGGUCAUUUCUGAAGCAUGGUGGGACUUUCUUUAAUCAGUUCAUUCCUGAGUGUAAAAAUAUGAAAUAAUUGACCUGAGAUGAUAUGAUUUUGAUAGUUCAGAAUGUUUAUUGCCAAGGAACAUAUUCUUUAAUUUGUAAAAAAAAAAAAAAA